GCGCGGGCGCAGGGCGCACGGGGCGGUGCCAUGGGCGGCGCCGGGCUCUGGUUCGUCUCUUGUUCCUCUCUUGUUCGCCAUACUGGCAGAGGAGCGCAGAGCAGAGCAGAGCAAGCAAAGCACUUACUGCAGAGGCACCUGAUAUCACUGCUGCAUUACAUCAAACGACAUGGCCGAGGAUGACGUGACUAAGGAGCAGCUAGCAGCCAUUGCCGCCGAAAACGAAGAACCAGAGGCGGUGAACUACAAGCCACCAGCCCAAAAGUCGUUGAAAGAGAUCCAGGAGCUGGAUAAGGAUGAUGAGAGCCUACGAAAAUAUAAGGAAGCCCUGCUUGGCUCGGUGGCCGCUGACGCUGAUACCAGUGUUCCCAAUGUCCAAGUGACCCGGAUGUCUCUGAUCUGUGAAAGCGCCCCAAACCCCCUGGUGCUGGAUCUACAAAGAGACCUGGAAGAAUUGAAGAAUGAGGGCUUUAUUCUGAUGGAGGGCGUCGAAUACAAAAUAAAGAUCAGCUUUAAGGUGAACAAGGAGAUUGUUUCGGGCCUGAAGUAUGUGCAGCAGACAUUCAGGAAAGGAAUUAGGAUUGACAAAACGGACUACAUGGUGGGCAGCUACGGGCCUCGUGCCACUGAAUUUGACUUCCUGACCACGAUGGAGGAGGCUCCUAAAGGCUUGCUGGCCCGCGGCAACUACGUCAUCAAAUCCAAGUUUACUGACGACGACAAGCACGACCACCUGUCCUGGGAGUGGAACCUCAACAUCAAGAAAGACUGGAAAGACUAAAAAGAGGCCUUUGUGUUUGGGGGCAAAGGAAUCAAAAAUCCCACAGCCCGCUCCCCCCCCACCCCCAACCUGUCCACCAUUUCUGCCUUCUUUGUUUUGACUUAGUUGUGCAUUCCAUGCCUUAGUUACUGCCUUGCUGUCUUAACCCCCCAGCAUCCUUUCCACCUCUCUGUGAGCAUCCGUAGCACUAUCCGUAGCAGCAGUCCCGCCCCCCCCCCCCUCCAUUUCCGUCCAUCCAUCCAGCACCUCCCUAUCUACCCCAUUGGUUGCGCACGAGCCACUUCUAUUCACCAACCUGCCAUCCUCACUCCCUCCACCCCCCACUGAGCUGUGCCAUGUAGCACCUUACUUCCUCACACCCUCAGCCCUGUUUUUCUUUUGUCCCGGAUGUUUGCUGCUUGAAGAGAUUAACCCCCGCCUUCCAGCUCUCCAGAAUAGUGUCUUCCAUCCUCUCUCAGUAUGAAGUACAUGUGGAAAAGCAACUGUACAAUCAACUUUUGUUUGCCUUUUUUUAUAUAAUUGUAUCAAAGGUUGUGUAAUGUGACUGUAUUCAUAUCACUGUUAAUCGGCUGUUGUGUCCAUAGCAGGCCCCACCACAUCCACCUGCCCCCCCCCCUCGCCCUACAGCUUUCCUUUGCUUGCUGUCUUUUGAUAUAAUUACCAAUACCUGCCUUGUAAUAACAAUUCAUUCAGAGUUGCUCUACGGCGCCUCUCUCCCUCUCCCCUAAAUGUAUUCACCCACUCUCCUUCAAAUGGGGACUGGGGCCAAAAUGAACAAGUGGGUAAAAUGUAUAUGGGUAAAAAAAAAGAAUAAGCUGCCUUAUGUAUCGACUAAUGUCUAAACCUAUUAAUGUCUAUUUAGCAUGCUUGCUAUCAGAUAGUCUGUAUAUGAAGGGCUUACUCUCGCUACCAACCAAUAACCAUCUGUAGCCCUGUUGUAGUAGAGACUGUUUAUACAGGUUAGUCAGAUACAGGCUCUGCAAAAUACACUGAACCUGUAAUUGGAGGGGACUGAAUGUUAAAGAAUUGGAGAAAAGACACCGAACCCAGCGAAAAUCAGUAUUGAUGAAUCUCGGCACUCUUGUUCGUUUUUAGCCAUGAGGCCUUAGCACUAUGAUCAUGUGGAGAAACACUAAAAACAUUUCUAAUUUA